AUGGCCUACCAAGGGUCUGGCGCGCACUCGCCCAAGUACGAGAGCCACCAAGAUGCUCCCAGUUCCCAAUAUCGGGAAGAUGAAGAUGCCUCGCACGGACUGUUGUCCCACCAGCAAGGUCCCUUUGCGACUCCCUUUGACGACCCGCACUCUCGCGGCGUCUCUCCCGUGCGCCCUGCCUCGGGAUACAGUCUGACCGAGACCUAUGCCACGGACUCAGCUCCAGGCUACCAUGACCCCUACGCGACCGGCUCUGUCUACUCGGGCCAGUCUGAGAACCCCGCAGCUGCCUUUGGUGUCCCCGGCCGGGUUGCCUCACCCUACGCUCGUAGCGAGACCUCCUCCACCGAGGCCUGGCGCCAGCGACAAGCUCCUGGAGGUGCAACCGGCGGCGGCCUGCGCCGUUAUGCCACCCGUAAGGUGAAGCUGGUCCAGGGUUCCGUCCUGAGUGUCGACUAUCCCGUGCCCAGUGCCAUUCAAAAUGCCAUUCAGGCCAAGUACCGCAACGAUCUCGAGGGUGGUAGCGAAGAGUUUACCCAUAUGCGAUACACUGCUGCAACCUGCGAUCCCAACGAGUUUACCCUCCACAAUGGUUACAACCUGCGUCCCGCCAUGUACAACCGUCACACUGAGCUGCUCAUUGCGAUUACCUACUAUAACGAGGACAAGACUCUGACCUCGCGCACACUGCACGGUGUCAUGCAAAAUAUUCGCGAUAUCGUCAACCUUAAAAAGUCCGAGUUCUGGAACAAGGGUGGUCCUGCUUGGCAGAAGAUCGUCGUGGCCCUCGUGUUCGACGGUAUCGACCCCUGUGACAAGGAUACGCUGGAUGUCCUGGCCACCGUUGGUAUCUACCAGGACGGUGUCAUGAAGCGCGAUGUCGACGGCAAGGAGACCUCAACAGCUUAUCCGACCGACCGACGAUGGACCCAGCACCCUCCCCCCGUCCAGAUGAUGUUCUGUCUGAAGCAGAAGAACAGCAAGAAGAUCAACUCUCACCGUUGGCUCUUCAACGCCUUUGGCCGUAUUCUCAACCCCGAGAUCUGUAUCUUGCUCGACGCAGGAACCAAGCCCGGCCCCAAGUCUCUUCUCGCUCUCUGGGAGGGCUUCUACAAUGACAAGGAUCUUGGUGGUGCCUGUGGUGAAAUUCACGCCAUGUUGGGUAAGGGCUGGCGGAACUUGGUCAACCCGCUCGUGGCAGCACAGAACUUUGAGUACAAGAUCAGUAAUAUCUUGGAUAAGCCUCUCGAGAGUUCGUUCGGUUACGUGUCCGUGUUGCCCGGUGCUUUCUCUGCCUAUCGAUUCCGCGCAAUCAUGGGUCGCCCGCUUGAGCAGUACUUCCACGGUGAUCACACCCUGUCGAAGCAGCUGGGUAAGAAGGGUAUCGAAGGCAUGAACAUUUUCAAGAAGAACAUGUUCUUGGCCGAGGAUCGUAUCCUCUGUUUCGAGUUGGUCGCCAAGGCCGGUUCCAAGUGGCAUCUGUCGUAUGUCAAGGCCUCUAAGGCCGAGACUGACGUGCCCGAAGGUGCCGCCGAGUUUAUCUCGCAGCGUCGUCGUUGGUUGAACGGUUCGUUCGCUGCCGGUAUUUACUCGCUGAUGCAUUUCGGCCGUAUGUACAAAUCUGGUCACAACAUCAUCCGUAUGUUCUUCCUGCACAUUCAGAUGUUGUACAAUAUCUUCAGCACCAUCCUCACCUGGUUCGCGCUCGCCUCGUACUGGCUGACCACCACUGUCAUUAUUGACUUGGUCGGUACCCCCAGCGAGACUAACGGGAACAAGGCUUUCCCCUUCGGUAAAACUGCGACCCCCAUUAUCAACACCAUCGUCAAGUAUGCCUAUUUGGGCUUCCUGCUCCUUCAGUUCAUCCUUGCCCUCGGUAAUCGUCCCAAGGGUUCCAAGUUCUCGUACCUGGCCUCCUUUGUCUUCUUCGGUGUCGUCCAGGUGUACAUCGUGGUGGAUUCGCUGUACCUGGUGGUUCGCGCCUUCAGCGGUGGCGCACCGAUGGAUUUCGUUACCGACCAAGGUGUGGGAGCUUUCCUCAAGUCGUUCUUCUCUUCGUCCGGUGCUGGUAUCAUUAUUAUUGCCCUGGCUGCCACCUUCGGUCUCUACUUCGUCGCCUCGUUCAUGUAUGCCGACCCUUGGCACAUGUUCACCUCGUUCCCCGCCUACAUGGUUCUGCAGUCUUCGUACAUCAACAUUCUCAACGUCUAUGCCUUCAGCAACUGGCACGAUGUGUCUUGGGGUACCAAGGGUUCCGACAAGGCUGAUGCGCUGCCCUCUGCCAAGACUACCAAGGACGAAGGCAGUAAAGACGCGGUCAUAGAGGAAAUUGAUAAACCACAGGCCGAUAUUGACAGUCAAUUCGAGGCUACCGUCAAGCGUGCCUUGACGCCUUACGUUGCCCCCGUUGAACAUGACGAGAAGUCCCUGGAGGAUUCGUACAAGAGCUUCCGUACUCGUCUCGUCACCUUUUGGAUUUUCAGCAAUGCCUUCCUGGCCGUGUGUAUUACCAGCGAGGCGGUUGACAAGUUCGGCUUCACGAACACUGCCACCACUCGUACCACUCGUUUCUUCCAGGCCCUCCUGUGGUCCACCGCCGCCAUGUCCCUGUUCCGCUUCAUCGGUGCCUGUUGGUUCUUGGGUCGCACUGGUAUCAAGUGCUGUUUCGCCCGCCGGUAA